AUGAGCAUGAGAAAGCGUGGCCCAGUGAACGGCCAUUCUAAUGGACGUCUUAAUGGCUCAACCACGAAAACCACACGUAUAGAAGAUCCCAAGACCGACUAUUCUCGAUGGCGACUUCGAGACGACCGCGGUAUACAGACAUGGCACUAUCUACAGACAGAAGAGGAAAUGGAAGCAUGGCCACAAAGCAUUGCAGAUCGUCACUUCAUGGGUCUGGACACGGGUCUUCCCGCACUGCCACGUGCAAACAACCCAAUGCAAGCAGCUGAGAACGGUCUCGAGUUCUAUUCUAAACUACAGCUGGAGCCUGGAAAUUGGGCGUGCGAAUAUGGAGGACCAAUGUUUCUGCUACCUGGCUUUGUGAUCACGCUACACGUAACUGGUAUGCCUCUCGCCUUGCCAGAGCAGACGGAGAUCAUCCGAUAUAUCUUCAACAUGCAGAACCUUGGUGAGAAGAACGGUGGCGACGGUGGCUGGGGCCUUCAUAUCGAGGGCGAUUCUUCUGUCUUCGGUACAGCCAUGAAUUACACAACGCUACGAUUAUUGGGCGUAUCACCUGAGGAUCCACGCAUGCGAAAGGCGAGAGGCUGCCUCUACGAUUUAGGUGGGGCUCUCAAUGGACCUCACUGGGCUAAGUUCUGGCUCUCUUUACUCGGCGUCAUGGAGUGGGAGGUUGUCAACCCAGUCCCUCCAGAAUUCUGGUUGCUUCCUGAUUGGGUACCCAUAUCGCCUUGGAGAUGGUGGAUCCACAUGCGUCAGGUCUUCUUGCCCAUGGGUUUUGUGUGGUCGAAGCGAUGGGUGUAUCCAAAGGCGGAUACGGAUCCCAUCGUCCGUCAAUUGCGUCAGGAACUGUUCACCCAUCCGCAUGAAGAAAUCGCUUGGGCGAGAUAUCGCAAUGCCAUCAGUCCAAUAGACAACUACAACCCCAAAUCUUGGCUCCUCGAUCUCAUCAAUUACAUCUUGGUACUUGUUUGGGUUCCGUACUUACGGUUUGGCUGGCUUGUGAAGCGAGCAGAAGCGUUCGUCUGGAAAUUGAUACAGAUCGAAGACGCGAACAGCGACCAUGCUGAUCUUGCUCCCGUCAACUCGCCCAUGAAUCUGCUGGCAUGCUAUAUCCAAGAAGGUCCCGAAGCACACUCCGUGAAACGCCAUCGGGAACGACUGCAAGAAUAUCUCUGGCUCACAAAGGACGGAAUGUUAUGUUGCGGGACGAACGGCGUACAAAAUUGGGACACAUCUUUCACCAUACAGGCAGUGUACGAGAUUGGCCUUGCGGAAAAGCCCGAACACCGUCAGAUGCUGCUGAAGGCCUUGGAGUUCCUCGAAGAUCAGCAGAUCCUGGAGCACGCAGUGGGAUACGAAGGUUCUUCUGCAUACUCGGAUCCACCAACAGCCAAGACGUCGGCAGAGUGUGGUUGGCGACAUCCACGGCGAGGUGCUUGGGGAUUCAGUAAUCGUGCACAAGGUUACACAGUGUCCGACUGCACAUCAGAGGGUAUCAAGGCCACUCUGAUGCUGCAGACGCUGCGAGAUCCGAACAAUGCCUCAAAGAACUUGUUUCCGCAGGUGAUACCCGAGCAGAGGAUCAAGUGGGCAGCCGAUAUACUGCUCACAAUGCAGAAUGCGAAUGGAGCCUGCAGCUCAUAUGAAGCUACCAGAGGGAGCGAGCAUCUGGAGCUGCUGAACGCAGCCGAAGUCUUUGGUCGCAUCAUGGUCGAGUACGACUACCCGGAAUGCACUACAGCUUGUGUGACUGCUCUCGAACGCUUCACUCAGGUCUACCCCGAUUAUCGGACAGCAGACAUUCACAGCUUCAUAACACGGGCAAUUGCAUGGAUUCGUACCAACCAGCGGGCAGACGGGUCGUGGUACGGUAGCUGGGGUAUCUGCUUCACAUACGCCGGAUUCUUUGCACUAGAAAGCUUAGCCACUCAAGGCGAGACCUAUGCUAAUAGCGAGCGCGUACGACGCGCGUGUCAAUUCUUCCUGGAUCGACAGAAUGAAGAUGGUGGAUGGGGUGAGUCUUACAAAAGCUGUGAGACUGGAAAGUGGUGCCAGCAUCCCGAUGGUUCACAGGUCGUAAACACCGCUUGGGCGGCAAUCGCGAUGAUGAAGGGUGAGUACCCGCACAAGGAGCCGCUGGAGCGCGCUGUGAAACUCUUGAUGCAUAGGCAGCAGCCGAAUGGCGAGUGGCUGCAGGAGGGCAUCGAAGGAGUCUUCAACAAAAGCUGGUAA